AUGACAACACCAAACCCAAUCUUACAUAAAUAUAGAUUUUUAAUCAGAAACUUACCAAACUAUCCAUCCAAGUCACGUUUUAGAUUAAUAACCACAGUAAAGGAAGAAAAAUUGAAAAUGCUUCACAUUGAAGUAGAUUCAGGGAUUACAGAGAUAAUGGGGUAUAAGAAUUUAAGGGGUAAAGGGAAAAACGGGGCAGGAAAUUUUUAA